CACGCCUGUGGCCACCGCCAAGAACAUGCCUGGGGACAGCGCGGACCUGUUUGGAGACGGCGCGGCGGACGAAGGCGGGGCCGCCAACGGGCGCCUGUGGAGGACAGUGAUCAUCGGGGAGCAGGAGCAUCGCAUCGACCUGCACAUGAUCCGGCCCUACAUGAAGGUUGUCACCCACGGAGGGUACUACGGCGAGGGUCUCAACGCCAUCAUUGUCUUUGCCGCCUGCUUUCUGCCGGACAGCAGCCUCCCCGACUACCACUACAUCAUGGAGAACCUCUUCCUGUACGUCAUCAGCAGUCUGGAGCUCCUCGUGGCCGAGGACUACAUGAUCGUGUACCUGAACGGCGCCACGCCACGACGGAGGAUGCCCGGCAUCGGCUGGCUGAAGAAAUGCUACCAGAUGAUAGAUCGGAGAUUGCGGAAAAACCUGAAGUCCCUGAUUAUCGUCCACCCCUCGUGGUUUAUCCGGACGGUGCUGGCGAUCUCCCGGCCCUUUAUCAGCGUCAAGUUCAUCAACAAGAUCCAGUACGUGCACAGCCUGGAAGACCUUGAGCAGCUCAUCCCCAUGGAACACGUCCAGAUCCCGGACUGCGUCCUGCAGUACGAAGAGGAAAGGCUGAGGGCCAGGAGAGAGAGUGCAAGGCCCCCGCCAGAGUUUGUCCUGCCCAGGUCUGAAGAGAAGCCAGAGGCGGCGUCAGCUGAGAUCAGAUCUGCUUCAGAAACAGACGAUCAGGAAACAAG